AUGACAUCGGCAGAUAAGGAGUUUCCAGAAGAUAGCACCUUUUCACCAAAAGCCAGCAGUAGCAAGCUGUCAACGGAUGCAUCUCCUGACUCUAGAUGUCCCAUCUGCUUGGAUGCAUUUGACAACGUUGCCUAUCUUGAUCGCUGCUUGCAUAGGUUUUGUUUCCGCUGUGUCCAGGAGUGGUCAAAAAACAAAGCAGAAUGCCCUCUCUGCAAGCAACCCUUUUUUUCCAUUUUCCAUACAAUCCGUGCUGAAGAUGACUUUAAGGAGUACGUACUCAGCCCUUCACAAAAUAGCUCGUUUGCCAGCCCUGACGGCCGGAGAUUUCGUUACCGAACCACCUUAACAGGGGAACGCCGCAGUGUUAGUUCCCCUUCCCGAAGGAUGGUGAUCCCUCCAGAUGAUGGGCUGUUGUUUGAAGGACUGUCGAGCGAACCAGUGCGGCAGAGAGAAGGAGAGCUUCAGCGGAUGAUACAGAGCCUGGCCUCAAGGAGACAGGCCAGUGCAGAGGGCAGAUCUCUGUGGCAGAUUGAGGAGGAGGACAUGAUCAACUUCCGCAGAGCUCUCUACCGUACGGGCGUGCGUAUCCGUAGUAUUCAGGAUGGUGGCCGCUAUCGAGACAUUUCAGCAGAGUUUUUCCGCCGCAACCCCGCUUGCCUUCACAGAUUGGCUCCUUGGUUGAGGAGAGAACUUACAGUCCUCUUUGGUGCUCGUGCAUCUUUGGUUAAUCUUGUCCAGCACAUUAUCAUGAGUAAUAUGACUAGGUAUGAUAUUGAAAGUCAGGCCUUUGCUGAUGAUUUAAAGCCAUUUUUGCUGAAUCGGACUGAACACUUCUUACAUGAAUUUAUCAGUUUUGCCCGUUGUCCUUUUAACUUAGACGCAUAUGAUCAACACACCAAUUAUGACUGUCCUACGCCAUCUUAUGGUGAAGGAAGCCGCUCAGACUCCUCAAUUAUCACAAUAUCUCCAGAUACGGCAUGUUUUCAAGGGCCAGGUAACAGUUUGUCUGUAACUGGUCUUGGUCAGGCCCCCUGGGAUGAUGAAACUCCAAGGCCUUCCUACUCCAUUUCAGAUGUUCCUGAAACCAUAGCUUCUCCUCUGGAGACAUUGGGAAGUUCUGAUGAGGACUUUGCUGCAAAGAGUGUAAGAACCAAAUUGCAGACUCAGCUACAUGCUAAUGCUGAUUCAAAUGACGGUGACAAUUCCUUGGACAACUGUGUUAUUGUUGGGUAUGUUAAGCCAUUAGCUGAGAGAACACCAGAAGUGGUUGAGCUGUCCUCAGACUCUGAGGAGUCGAUCGGGGAAGAGAAAAGAGAAGAUGUGAAGAAACAACAGCCAACCCAGUGUCGCAGCUGGAGUGAUAGUGAACCAAGCAGGAGUUUUUCACCACGUUCCCCCACAUCUAAGGAAGAUCUAGGUAGUUGUAGAAGCUGUAUAUCUUCUGCAGUUCAGCAGACAGAGUCAAAAGAUCAUGAGAAGAACAAAUGUAACGUGAAAGAUCUGUCUCCUCAGGACUUGAGCUGGAGACCCUCUCCGGGGAGUGACACCAUCUGUUCUCCUUGGAAUCACAGGUUGUCUAGAAAGCGAAAGUCCAGGAGCCCACAGUCCUGUUCACGGAGCAGUCGAGGCAGUCAUGGCCACAGGUCGAGGAGGGAGCAUCAUAGCAAAUGCCAACUUAAAAAGAGACGAUCAAGAAGCAGAGAUAGCAGUAAACACAGGAGCAAAAAAAGCAGCAAGGGGUCGAAGGCUUAUGACACCAGACUGUCUCUGAAAAGCCAGAGCGGCUGUCUAAGUCAUGAGAGCACUCCAUCCAGAGAAUUAAGCAGAUCACGAUCAUGUAGCAAAGGCCACAGCAAAAGGAGAUCAAGAAGCAGUGACGGUGAUCGUUAUUCCGUAAGAGACAAUUCUCAAAGUAGAUACCAGUGGGGUUAUGCUUUCUGUAGUCAGAAGGCAUUUGGAGAUGGCUAUGAAUCCUCCAGCAGGAGGAGGACUCAGUCUAAUGCUCUCUAUCCAAGGGAUUCUGCUAGUCCAGAAUACAGGAUACGAUCCUUGGUUGAAAGGACGGAUCCGCAUAGCCAGAGGGGACGGCGUGACAGACACUACUACUGUUAUGAAAAGUGCAGGUCAAGGAGUCGAUCAAGCGACAGGUCAAGGACCCCUUCUGGAGGAACUGACAGAACAAAAAGUGAAAAGCCUGGGGGAAAAAGGAAGUAUAAAACUCGUCACUUGGAGAAUGCACUCACGGAGAGCACAAGUCUAGAAAGAGAAAAUGACCCCAAGAAAACUUUCUCGAAAUUCAGUGAAUGCUACAAAAAUGAAGAUAGUCUUUCCGACCAUCGAGCCAACAGUGAGACAAAGCGUAAGAAGAAGAAAAAAAAGAUGAGGAGUCCAAGCGUGGAGAUAGUCUAUGAAGGAAAAGCGACAGACACAACAAGACAUCUUAAGAAGAAAAAGAAAAAGCAUAGGAAGAAACACCGGAAACAUCACAUGAGUAACUCCGCACAUUCUUCUCCAGUGGUGAUUACAAUUGAUAGUGAUAGUAGCAAGGAGCCAGAAAGUGCCGAAUGUGACAGCAGUGUUACUUGGACAGGGACAACUCAGAUAAAUGACAGGGAAAAUGAGUCUCUGUCUUCUUUUCUGGGAAGGACAGGAUGUGAAGAUGAUAACAGAGUGGGUGAGGAAACUGGAGAAGCAGCCAAAAAGUACAGUAUUCCUACCAGAAAGGGAGCCUUCGAUGGUGACAUUAGAAAUGCUGAGGCCAAACUUAAAGAAACAGCAGCUCAUCUGAGUCUUGCUGUAACAGAUACCAGCAGUAACACCCCUCACACAGGAACUGUGAAAAGCUACGUUCAAGAAGCACCAGCAGCGCCUUCCAGACAACUGCCUUCCCCCAAGAUUUCCUUCCUAGAGUGUCCAGAGAGACGACUAUCGAUAGUAAGUUCGCCAAAGAGACUCGUCAGCAGAUCGUCUUGGUUUGAUUUCGCAGAAGAAAACAUGUAG